AUGGUGUUAAAAUUUUUUAAAAAAGUGGACUACGACAAUGAAGGAAUUAUUACCAAAAAAAAGCUGUACAAAUUUUACAGCAUGAAAAGUAGAAGCGAAAUCGGCUCCAACGACAAGCGAAAAUUUACUUUUGAAGAAUUCUUUAACUAUAUAAGCAAGGAGUAA